AAAACAGUACCAGGCAGCAGAGCGAAUUAUACGGAAAGAAAUUGUCUGAACUUUAAAAGAUAAAUAUUUUAUAAACAGACGGGCUGUGAUUGCCCAACAAGCUUACCUGAGCACGAGAUCUUUCUUUAGUUCGAGUUACCCUGCAAACUGUGCAUUAUGUCAAUACGAGACAUCCAACUUUCUGAAGUCAGACAGCUACUAGUGGACAAUUCGGGGUUCUCUGAAGUGGCAAAUGCCAGAAGCUUCCAAGUUCUUGAAACUCAGGAGCAUGAUGUUGAAACUCCAUGUGGUGUUAUCCGCGUUGCAGUGCGUGGGACACCGAAAGGAAGUCGGCCAGUCAUACUCACAUUUCAUGACAUUGGGAUGAACUCCAAAUUAUGCUUCAACGUUCUGUUCAAUUCUGAAGACAUGCAAGAAAUUACACUUCAUUUUGCUGUUUAUCAUAUUAAUGCACCUGGCCAGCAAGAGGGCGCUCCUGCUUUUCCAACUGGCCACCAGUACCCAUCAAUGGACCAAAUGUCUGAGAUGCUUCCAGCUAUUUUGAAGCACUUUGGUAUAAAGAGCAUUAUUGGAAUAGGCGUUGGAGCUGGCGCAUAUAUCCUGACUAAAUUUGCUUUAACUUUUCCUGAUCUUGUUGAGGGGCUAUGUCUCAUUAAUAUUAAUUGCUGCGCUGAAGGAUGGAUGGACUGGGCAGCAACCAAGAUUACUGGCUGGACCUCUAACUUGACGGAUGUUGUGAUCUCUCAUCUGUUUGGAAAAGAUGAAAUACAUUCUAAUCCUGAUUUGAUCCAGUUGUACCGCUCUCACAUUUCUUCUGAUAUUAAUCACAACAAUCUGCAAUAUUUUGUUGAUUCAUACAACAGCCGAAGAGAUCUGGAUAUUGAGCGCCCUCUUCCUGCAGGGCAUCAUCAUCAUCAUCAUCACCAUAUUUCAACCUUACAAUGUCCCACUUUGUUAGUGGUUGGAGAUGCUUCACCUGCAGUGGAUGCUGUGGUUGACUGUAAUACUAAACUUGAUCCAACAAAGACUACUCUGCUAAAGAUGUCUGACUGUGGAGGACUGCCACAAAUUGUUCAGCCAGCAAAGCUUACAGAAGCUUUCAAAUACUUUGUGCAAGGCAUGGGCUACAUGCCUGCAGCCAGCAUGACUCGUCUUAUGAGAUCCCGUUCAGCAUCCGGAUCCAGUGUAGUGUCCCUAGAGGGCAACAGGAGUCGAGCUCAUACCGGGGAGGCAUCAAAGUUUUAUAGCCACCCAGCUACGGGGCUGAACCAAAACACCAAUGCCAACUCGAAUACUCAUGUGGGAGCUGUUGAAAACUCUGGCCCUCAGUCAGCAGAAAUUUCAUGUUGAAAACCCCUCUUUCUACCUUAAAAAGUCAAAGCAAGUGUAAAGUUACCCUUUAAAGCAUAAGUGUGAGCAUAGCCUGAAGCUUUUUUAAAAAGGACAUCAGGACUAAAAAUGAAUAAAGGUGCACAGACUAAAAAUCUACUUCUAUUUUGUGCAUCCUCUCUUGCUGUUACUCUUCUAAUUGUUGCCAUAAUUUGGAAUCAAAGGGUCCAUGCAAAAUCUGAAGGUAAAACAAAACAAAUGCUGUUUCUUUUUCUUGCACCUUUUCAGGGAGUAGUGCAUUAUGGGUAACAACAUUUUGCAAGCAUUACUUGCCCAUGAGUCAUAUGAAGCUGGAGUUGAAUGUUGAGAUGUACAUAGUUUGAUUAAUCUUCUUAAAAGUAUUAAAUCUUGUUGGUUUGUAUAACUUUUUAUCAAAUUUCAGUUGGUUGUUUUUUCCCCCUUGACAUUCUGUUGUUUUAAACCAGAAGCAUUUACGUAGCUUUUUUAAAAAAAAUUCCGGUUAAGUAUAUAUGUAGGCUGAUACUACUUCUUUGUAUAACCCUGUCUUUUUCUGAUCUGCAUGAAUUUGAGUAAGAUUUUGAUCCUUUUUCUAAAAAGUUAGGCUAAAAGUGCUUCCUGUAUUUCCUGAUUGUGUAACCUAAUUAAUCCAAAGUAUGCAUUUAUAUUGUACUACAGAAAUUUGUAUUUUUGAAUUAUUUUGUAAGUUUUCUUUGAAAUGCGGCUGUUGUGCUUUUUGGGGAGAACUCUUCAGAAGAGCUCUAAUGAAAAUUGCACUCAAAUCACUUCCUUUCAAAUGAUGACUGACAUGGUGUAACUUUCCAGACUUCAUGAUUUUUCUUCAGCAGGAGAUCUUUCAGGGCAUUCAUUUACUGUACAUUGUCCUGAAAUGUUUGGAAAGCAGCAUUCUAGCAAGAGCUUUGUAUCGUGAAAAUAUAGUACCUUAUCAGCAUUUGGCCUCAUUUCUGUUUCUUAGCCCAAAAAAGCAUCUUCCUUCCUUUCCCCACUCCCUACAGACUUGAUCUUCAAGCGCAUCUUAAAUUCUAUGCAAUUUGUACCUUUUAAAGCACAGAAAUAGGCCAUUUGGCUCAGCAGGUUUAUGCCUGUUUGUGCUCCACAUGAGCCUCUUCCCACCUUAUUUCAUCUUGCCCCUAUCAACUAAGUUGAAUUUGGAAAUUGUUUCUAUCCACGUUAGCAUUUUGAGGUUACUAUUUAAACACAGGUUCUGUAAUCAACCUAGAUGCAUUUCCUCAAAGGUGAAAAGCUUUCAGUACUUAAUUUUUUUUAACAGAUUUUAGAUACUGUCUGAAAAAUAGACUGUAAUAUCUAGGGUGCUGUCCCAGUGUGAUCUCUUAUUGUGGUGCCCGUAAACAUACAAAAACACACCCCAUUUAAACAUUUACAUUAUAAAAGUUUGUUUCUACCCAUUCCUGCUACACCAUCAAAACCAGAUUGUUCCUUGCAAGGUUGCCUCCAACCGGAAACUUGGUCAUCGUAACAUUGUAUGGAAGUGCUGAAUGAAACCUUUGCCAAGCAAAGGAAAUGGAUGUGUUACAUCUGCCAUUUCAAUUUUGGCUCCCAGGAGGCUUGGACCCUUUUUCUCUACCAUAUACAGACAGCAAUAAAAUGACUAAAUUGAGUAUCAAAUGCAGUGAUUUUGUUUUUUUUGGGGGGCUGGGAUGAUGGUGAGAGGAUGCCAUUUUUGUCUUUUCCUUUAAGGCAAAUAAUGUUAACAGUUUUGGGCUAUGUGUUUUGAGUCAUGCUGAUGUUCAGGGGCCAAGUUUUUGCUGUCUAUUAUUGAAUGAGAAUGGUUUCCUGUGAUUCUCAACACCUAUCUGUAGUUUGCAAUUUAAAUCAACAAAUCCUAGUAUUGGCUAUGACUCUUUUUGAUCCUGCAAAUGAUAAUACUGAACAAAUAGAUUGAAAUCAAAGUGUUUGAAAAGUUGACAGUGACAUUUAUAUUUAUUUUGAAAAUAAACUUUUGAAACUUUA